CGGGGGCGGAGCGACAAUUGUCGCGCUCGGGCCAACUGCAGCUGCGCGUAGUCGCAUUUCCGUCCCCGCCCCUGAGAGCUAGCAGCACAAUCUGUCAUGGCGGGCGGGCUGUUAGGUUUGUGCGCUCGCCGCCUUUUGGCAGUAGCGGCGACGCGUUUCCCGGCAGCCAGUGUUCGCUGGGAAUCCAGCUCGUCCAGGGCCGUAAUCGCCCCGUCGGCUGUGGCUGGAAAGCGGACGCCGGAACCGACCGUACGCUGGCAGGAGGACCCAGAUCCGGAGGACGAAAACCUCUAUGAGAAGAACCCAGACUCCCACGGUUAUGACAAGGACCCUGUUGUGGACGUCUGGAACAUGCGGGUCGUCUUUUUCUUUGGCUUCUCCAUUGUCUUGGUCCUUGGCAGCACCUUUGUAGCUUAUCUGCCUGAUUACAGAAUGCAGGAGUGGGCCCGCCGAGAGGCUGAGAGGCUUGUUAAAUUCCGAGAGGCCAAUGGCCUCCCCAUCAUGGAAUCCAACUACUUUGACCCCAGCAAGAUCCAGCUGCCGGAGGAUGAGGACUGACCCGUUGCCAAGCAGGGCUCAAGAAACAUCACCUUCUCCACCGCCUGCCUGUCAUUCUGCCCUUUCUUCAGAGCACCUAAUUAAAGGGACUAAAAGUCUGA